AUGAGAUCGACGAUUACCUUUUUUGAAUCACUCGAAACGCAUAUGAAGUUCCAAAUUUAUUUUUUUCUCUUAAUUUCAUGCGUUCUAGCCAAAAAGCCUGUAAUCUUUUGCGAUGACGCCUAUGGAAGAUACACUGCUGUUGCUGGAAAUUUGGAUCUUAGCACUUUCGAGUUUCCAAUAAUGUCUAAAAUAUCAUCAGCUAAUGAUGCUUCUGGAUCGAAAAUGUUACAUCCUUGCUAUUCAUUGAGUAAUACUAAUAACUAUAAAAACCAAUUGUUUGAUAUUUUCAGUGUUGGCGAGUUUGCCCCAAAUAUCUGUGAACGACAGUGUGCACAUUUUGUUGAUGUUUUCCGCUUUGAAUGUGGAGAUCGUCGUCCACCUCCAUCAUGGCUUGCUGGUACAGUUAUUGGAGCAAAACGAAAGAUUAACUGUUCUGAUUGGGCGAUUCCUUUAACAGAAAAAGGAAAGAUGGAUGGAAUAUCGUUAACAUUCACUUAUGGAACUUAUCAAUCAAGUAACGGAAAUGAUUUGUCACCUCCGUAUACAUUGGACAAUAAGUCCAUAGAAUAUUUGGACAGUAUGGUUAUUAAAGGCUUACACAUCAAACCAGUUGUUGAUCCAACUAAAAAAGAUACAGCAAUGUCUGAAAUGGAAUCAAUGUUUGAACAAUUUGUUGCAAGACACCCUGAAAUUAUCCAUAUUGCAUUCGGAAAUCCCAUUACAUUUUUUGGUGACACUUUUAGAAAUGAUUCCAAGUUAUAUGCACCAAGGUUCAUACCAACUUCAAAGUUUUGGGCAACUCUUUCCAAAAUUCCAAGUUUGAAAAGUUUAUCAUUGAGUGUGAUCGAGAUUACUGGAAAAGAGGAUAUUCCUGAAGGAAUGACUCGUAAUUUGAGAUCUAUCGGUUUUUACGAUGUUAAAAUGAAUUCCAUUCCAAAUUGGAUUAAAACAGAUCAAAUUCAAUUUUUGGAAUUUCAAUCUUCAAUUUCCGAUAAUGUCGAUAUGUCUGCACUUGAUGAAUUACCAACUUUAGAGCAUUUCCUAUUGACGGAAUCCAGUCUGACAUCUAUCAAAUCUCCAUUUUUGUCAAAAAGCUCAAAAUUAAUAUCUUUAACUCUUCAAUGUAACUCUAUAAGUUCCAUUGCUGCUGGAGCAUUUGAUCAUUUCACGGAGCUUCAGUUCUUGAAUCUAGCUGGAAAUCGGAUUGCUUCUCUGCCUUCAAAUCUUUUAUUAAAUCUGAAUAAUUUAAUUGUAUUGGAUUUGAAAGCAUUAGAUAAUUCAUCAAAUACAAUUGGAACAUAUAAUGAACUUUCAAUGCAAUGUCAAAUCAACCAAAAAGCUUCAACUGUUCCAGUCAUUCUUGAUAAAAUGCCUGAUGUUUCAAAACCGGAAAAGCUUGUUGCUCUAGAAAUUAGAGGUCAGGAAAAUAUUAUGAAAAACGAUAAGAGUUUUUUGAAGAAUUUCAAGAAUUUGGAGAUUCUGAAUCUUGGCAAUCUUGGAUUGUUAUCUGCUCAGAAUUUAUCACUGGAAACUCUUUGCAAUUUGAUAGAUUUAAAUCUUGUUGGAAAUCCAUUAAGUGAUAAGGAUUGGAUCAGUGAGGAUUUGUUUGUAAACUUGAAUCUUCAAAGACUUCGAAUGGGACAACCAUCAUCAAUGACAUCAAUUCCAAAUUCAUUAGUUGCUUUCAUGAGAACGGCAUCUCAAAUUAUGUACUCCACUCCGAUUUCUCUCAAUUCUGUGGAUAUCUACAAAAGGAAAAUUGGAUGUGAUUAUGACAGAAUUUCAAGUGCAACAAUGUUCGGAUAUUCUCUGCGGAAUGCAAGUUGUGAGAGCAACGUGAAAAGUGCAAUUGAGAAUAUUCGGACCAUGGAACUUCAGAAAAUGGAAACCCAAUGUCAAUAAUUUUAUUGGUGAAUAAAAUUAAUUUUCAAUAAAGUGUUAAUUUUGUUAA